AUGGCUUCUUCAUCUUCACGGUGUGGAAUGAAGGCUGCACAAGUUGUAAGAAAUGUUAGUCCAAAUGGGUGGAUCAGUGAUGACGAAGCACGAUACAAAUUUGGAUAUUAUAGAAAACUCUUCAAGGUGGUCCCUCACAAGUUCUUGGAUCUGGAAUUAUUCAGAAAAGUCUUCUACCACAAUCUGAAGGUUGUCAAUGGUGUUAUAUGCUCUCGGGUGAAAGAUGUCGAUAUUGAAAUUGAUGAUGAAAUAGGACUAUCUUUUACUUCUCUCAAAGUAGAAGGCUUCAUGGCUCAUGAAAAAAAUUCUGAACUCAACCAAUGGACCAAUAAGAAGAAGAUUUACAAGAAAUUUGUGAGAUAUCCAAAAAGGCUAAAGGCUGUUCCUCUGUAUCUAUCUGAAAUGGCACUACCACAACUAAGAGGAGCAACUAGCAAUGGCUUCCAAUUAAGCAUUUGCAUUGGUGGUUUGUUUGCUACCCUAAUCAACUAUGGAAUAGAGAAGAUAGAUGGUGGGUGGGGUUGGUGUGUGUCUCUAGCAAUGGCAGGCGUACCAGCCUCAAUCCUAACAUUUGGUGCACUUUUCCUCCCUGAAACUCCCAACAACUUAAUACAACGCGGGCAUGACCAUCAAAAGGCCAAGUUACUACUUCAGCGAAUUCGAGGCAUAGAAGACGUGCAGGCAGAACUUGAUGAUCUUAUAAAAGCAAGUUCUUCAAAAGCCAACAACAAACAAUCAUUUAAGGUCAUUUUGAAACGAAGGUAUAGGCCUCAGCUGGUGAUGGCAGUAGCUAUACCCUUUUUCCAGCAAAUGACAGGGAUAAACGUCAUUGGCUUCUAUGGCCCUUUACUUUUUAGGACAAUUGGGUUAGGAGAAUAA